AUUGGUCACUUGACAAAGUUGUGUGAUUGGUGGUGAAACUAACGACCAUCGUCUCAACGAAUUGCAAUUUUUCGAACGAAAUUUGUAUUUCCCGUGCAAGCAAGAUCAAAAUGAUAGACUAAUUAUCAAUUAUUCAUUUGGCAUUUUAUUUAUACGUAUAAAAAAUAUUUGAAAAAUGUCGGUUUUCUUUGUUAAUGCAAACCAGGAUAGCGAAGUGGAAGGCGAUUCAAAUGGUGAUUUACAAAUUGCUUCGCCCGGGAGUUCGGAAGCCCAACAAAAUUUAACACAAUUCUGGCCAAAAGUUACAGAGGAAAUUAAAAAAAUUACCACAAUGGACCUUAAGACACAGUCAUUGCCAUUGGCGAGGAUAAAGAAAAUAAUGAAGUUAGACGGCGAUGUGAAAAUGAUAAGCGCCGAGGCGCCAAUGUUAUUUUCAAAAGCGGCGGAAAUUUUUAUUCACGAGCUGACACUGCGCGCUUGGGUCCACACGGAGGACAACAAGAGGCGAACCCUCCAAAGAAACGACAUCGCAAUGGCAAUCACGAAAUACGAUCAAUUCGAUUUCCUCAUUGACAUUGUGCCACGUGACGAACUCAAGCAGAGCAAGGCGCAAAAUGAAAAUACAGUUCGUACUUCUAUGAAUUCCGAUCAGGUUCAUUAUUACUUUCAACUUGCCCAACAGCAAGCCUCGGCUAACCAGAAUGUACAAAAUAACGGAACAAAUCAACCUAUUCAAAUUGUUCAGCCUUCCUCUGGACACAUUCAGACGAUUAACAUUGGGAGCUCGGAGGAGACGAAUACGCAAUCGGUAAAUGUACAAAGUCCGCAGCAAACGUCAAAUCAGACGGUGAUUCAACUGCAACAACCUCAACAAAAUCCUUCUACCCAAGCUGGUGGCAUUCAAAUCGUUCAACAAAUUGUCACGCCUAAUGGAGAAAUUCAACAAAUUCCAAUUCAAUUGACGCCACAACAAUUGCAGAUGAUACGAAUGCAAGUGCAGGGCGGCAGUAAUCAACCAAUAAUUAUUCAAGCGGCUCCAAUUCAAGCUCAGCCCCAAUUAAUUCAAGUAGCGCAAGGUGGACAGGCGCCUGUUUUCCUUCAAGCUAGCAACGCCGACAACGAGUAACGAGUUUUCCUUUAUUUUUCAAUGAAAAAACGUAUUCUCUCUCCCCCCCCUCCUCUUUUCUACACGAGAAUUUUAAUUUACUUUCGAUUUCAGAACUAUACCUCUAUUCCCUUUCAAAUUAAACAAAACAAAAAAAAAAAAAUUUAGGGUAAUUCAAAAAAUUGUAGUGUUCAACAAUUUGAGAGUGGAAUAGAUAUAAAUAUAUAAAUAUGUUUAAUCAGUUUUGUAAGGCAUUGAUUUCUCAUUGAUGUUUCUGUGAAACGAAAUUCUUGAUCUUUUGAAUGUUAAGAUGUAUUCUAAAAUAAACACAUUUUCUUAAAAAACAA